AUGGCUGCAACAGCGUCGCCUUCUUCGCCGUUGAUACCCAAGGAUCCGCCAUCUUACGAAUCUCUAUACCUCACCAUUCCACAGUCAUCUACUCAGUCAGCAUUUCUCACAGACCAGGGAUCUCAUUCAGCAGGCUCAGCGAUUCAACGCUUUAUAUACCGCCAAGCUCCCUUUUUGCAGCGACUGGCUGCUGCUACAUUUGUAGCUACCACCGUUUCUACCACUGUCAUGUUGUUGCUAUGGCAGUUGCAGAACUUGACAGCACCUGAAGACCCUGAUCGUCCUUGGUUCGAUCCUGACUCAACGACGCUUGCCGCUUAA